AUGGAGAAGGUCUCCUGGACGGCUUUCCUGUCGGAGUCUUAUGACCUCCUCUGGAAGCUCUUCAUUCGACCACCAAGGUCCGAGUACCUCAUCUCCGAUCUUGGGCCCAGCAAGUUCCGGAUCCACUCACGAAUCUACUGCCGCGAGGACUUCCACCUGACCAAUGGCCGUGGAAUGCGGCUGGCCUGCAGCAUCUUCGGAUCUUACCCCAACAAGCAGCCAAUGGCCUCGACACCGUGCGUCAUCUACUUGCACGGCAACUGUUCCUCGCGGGCAGAGGCUUUGGAUGUGCUGCAGGUCGUACUGGAGAAGAACUUCAGACUCUGUUGCAUGGACCUCUCCGGGUCCGGCCAAAGCGAGGGGGAGUUCAUCUCUCUCGGCCAUUUCGAGCAGUUGGACUUGCAGGUCUUGAUUCAGCACCUCCGAAAUCUAGGGGCCCGGCUGCUGGGCCUCUGGGGAAGGUCCAUGGGUGCCGUGACGGCGAUCCUCCGCGCAGCGGAGGAUUCCGGCAUCAGCGCGCUGGUGCUGGACUCCCCCUUCAGCGACCUGCCCAUGGUGGCCCAGGAGUUGGUCCAAAGCCAGGUGGGCCUCCCCGACUUCCUGGUGUCAUUGGCCUUGAGCCGUGUGCGCACGGAGAUCCAGGAACGAGCGCACUUCGACAUCCAGGAGCUCCUGCCCAUCCGAAGCGCGCCGAGAGCGAGGUCCCCCGCGCUCUUCGCGGUCGCUGACGACGACGACUUCGUGCUGCCGCAUCACACGCACGACCUGCACGCGGUCUGGGGUACCGAAGCCAAGCUGGUGACCUUCCAGGGUGGCCACAAUGGACCCCGUCCGAAGUGGUACCUGGAGCAGGCCGCGGACUUCCUGGAGAUGCGGCUUGUGGACACCUUGCCCACGGCGCCGAGCCCGGGCCCGGUCUUCAAGCGGCUGUCGCCCAAGGAGGAGCCGCUGCUGGCUCGCGACGCCGAGGCUGAGGAGCCGCCCCCUCCGCCUCCUCCCCCGGUGCCGGCCCGGAGGGAGGGUGGCAUGGCACAGGUGGGCAUCCUUGGGCUCGGAGUCUCCGCAUCGCCUAGCCGGCCUAGCCUGCCAAGAAUGGCUGCGCGGAACCGUCACUUCAAAACUGAUCUUAAGUCGGUAGAUGUGCCGCGCUUCUCCGAAAACGCCUUCAAGGAUGUCCGUGUCACUCCGGCUGUGAGGCGACCAGAAGGCAAACACAAUGGUGUCCGGGUGAUCUGGCUCUAUGGCGACGCCCUCCGAAAAGAGACCUGGUCAAAGAUGCAGCUGCGACUUCCAGACCAUGUGGAUGCGGGUCAUUGUCGAUACGAGUUGUGA